CUUCUUUCCCCGCACAGCCAGGCGGCCCCCGCUCGAGACCCGCGUCGCCAUGGCCGCGGUUCCCGAGUUGAUGCAGCAGGAUGAGGAGGACCACAGCAAGCUAAGAUCUGUGUCUGUGGACCUGAAUGUCGAUCCUUCACUUCAGAUUGACAUACCUGAUGCACUCAGUCAGAGAGAUAAGGUCAAGUUUACAGUACACACAAAGACCACUCUAUCUAAAUUUCAAAACCCAGAGUUUUCUGUUACCAGGCAACAUGAAGACUUUGUGUGGCUACAUGACACUCUUAUUGAAACAACAGAUUAUGCUGGACUUAUUAUCCCACCUGCUCCUACAAAACCUGACUUUGAUGGUCCUCGAGAGAAGAUGCAGAAAUUGGGAGAGGGUAAAGGAUCAAUGACCAAAGAAGAAUUCGCCAAAAUGAAACAAGAACUAGAAGCUGAAUAUCUUGCUGCCUUUAAGAAGACUGUAUCCUCCCAUGAAGUCUUUCUUCAGCGACUUUCUUCUCACCCUGUUCUCAGUAAAGAUCGAAACUUUCAUGUUUUCCUGGAAUAUGAUCAGGAUCUAAGUGUUAAGCGGAAAAAUACCAAAGAAGUGUUUGGUGGUUUUUUCAAGAAUGUGGUGAAAAGUGCUGAUGAAGUCCUUUUUUCUGGAGUUAAGGAGGUGGAUAAUUUUUUUGAGCAAGAGAAGAAUUUUCUCAUUAACUACUAUAAUAAGAUCAAAGAU